UCAUAUCCUGGUGCAUUGGGCUGGAUUCUUCGACAAACCAAACGCAGCUGCUAGAUGAUCUAGUUUGACGUGGUACUUCUCAAUGGGGGAGGUGUAGACACACGCAAUGGGCACCCUUACUUCAAAGAACUGAGUUCGAGAGAUGCAGAUGUAGACCUCAGUGUUCCCAGAGAGAAUUCAUGCCGGCAGUCCAGUGUGGGAAGGUCUGCUGAGAGCUGUAGUCGGGUGGGGCCUCUGACCAAGACUGCUACAGAUAGAAGACCUGAGCCGGAAAUGCCAGGCCCAUGUGUACAGGUAUGCAUUGGAGAGAGCAGAGGGAUCCUUGAGUUGUCUCUGUAAGUAGACACACUUUUACCCAUAAACUUGUGGGGAGUUACAAUCAGAUACAUGCAGGGAGACAGCCUCCAAACAGGAGUUGGACAGUGAUGUGUGCAAGAUCGAGCAUCUGUAUACACAUACGUUGGGCCAAUAUUGAAUUGGUCUAAAAAUUUAAUACAACUCUGCAGACGUUGGUCUAGUUCUUUCCAGAGGUUGAAAUUGGUGGGUGGGUUACCCUGUAUAUAAAUAAAUCAUUAGUAACACUCCUGUCUUCUUCACCUUCCUUUCCCUUUUAGAGUUUGUGGUCUAGGGGAUCCUCUAGUUACAUUUAAACUGCAAACCCAUAUUGGUCUGGCCUGGGAAUGAGCUACAUUACAGGCAAAACAAGAAUGUAAGUAGAGGGGAGGUGUAUGUGUUAGACAGGAAUGCUCAGAUUAAGAUGUGGGCCUGGAUGACAUGUGCCGAGACAAAUCAAGACACUUGGGUUCCAAUGCCCACGUGGAACAAGAGAUACAUAAGAGAUAAAGAACUGGCCAGGAGGAAUGUAAACAUGGAUAUGCAAAUAGAGAGACCUAUGGCGAUAUUCUAAGAGAAAAUCCCAGACUUUAUUGAGCUGGAAACUGGGGGCUGAAUUUCUGUAAGUAGGUUCCAGAGACAAAAGCCCAUUUAAAGGUGUGAAGAGGGUCACUUGGAAACACAAAAAGCAUUCAUAUGCAUACAUCCAUGCUUAGAUACAUGGGCUGAAUGACAAAAACUCCUCAAUGCCUGAUGAAGACUGUCCUGCCGAGUGAAACCCGACGUGGGCAAGGAAGUGUGGGCCACACAACCACAUUCAAACACUCAUUCACAGGGAAAUGCAUCCUUGGCUAGAAGGAAACUGAGGGCAGAGCCGCCUAGCUGAGGGUGGAUGGCUCUCAAUUAGUAAGAUUACUUCUGGUUACAGUUUCUUGCCGUCUAGAGCAGGAGAGAGGGUAAGUGUUGAUCAGGUAGGAGGAAUUCUAAGAAAUUUUGAGUUCUUAACCUUCAGUGGAUGAAUGGUGGAGGAAAAAGAAAGGAGUAGCUUUCCACUUUGGGUCAGGAGGAAUGGAUGUUGCCUUGCUCCAAGUCCUGUUUGCAGAGGUGGCUCAGGGCCUAGUGGACUGAUAAAGACAGAACCAAAAGAAGUGCGAAGUUCGGCCUCUGGGAAGAAUAAAGGGGACGUAUGCUUUCAUUUUGACUAGACGCUUGAAGAAAAGCUGCCAUCCAAGAAGACGACAUGCUUUCAGCAACCCCCCUGUAUGGGAACGUUCACAGCUGGAUGAACAGCGAGAGGGUCCGCAUGUGUGGGAUCAACGAAGACAGGAAAAUUCCCGUAAAUGAUGGUGAUGCUUCAAAGACCAGACUGGAACUAAGGGAAGAAAAUCCCUUGAACCACAACGUGGUGGACGCAACUACAGCCCAUCGGAUCGAUGGCCUGGCAGCGCUGAGCAUGGACCGCACUGGUCUUAUCCGGGAAGGGCUGCGCGUCCCUGGCAACAUCGUCUAUUCUAGCUUGUGUGGACUGGGCUCAGAGAAAGGUCGGGAGGCCGCCACAAGCACUCUAGGUGGUCUUGGGUUUUCCUCCGAAAGAAAUCCAGAGAUGCAGUUCAAACCCAAUACACCUGAGACAGUGGAGGCCUCCACUGUCUCUGGAAAACCCCCAAAUGGCUUCAGUGCUAUAUACAAAACGCCACCUGGAAUACAAAAAAGUGCUGUACCGACAGCAGAAACACUGGGCUUGGACAGGCCUGCCAGUGACAAGCAGAGCCCUCUCAACAUCAAUGGUGCUAGCUACCUGCGGCUGCCCUGGGUCAAUCCUUACAUGGAAGGUGCCACGCCAGCCAUCUACCCUUUCCUUGACUCGCCAAAUAAGUAUUCACUGAACAUGUACAAGGCCUUGCUACCUCAGCAGUCCUACAGCUUGGCCCAGCCGCUGUAUUCUCCGGUCUGCACCAACGGGGAGCGCUUUCUCUACCUGCCGCCACCCCACUACGUCAGUCCGCACAUCCCGUCAUCCCUGGCUUCGCCCAUGAGGCUCUCGACGCCUUCCGCCUCCCCAGCCAUCCCACCUCUGGUCCACUGUGCAGACAAAAGCCUGCCCUGGAAGAUGGGCGUCAGUCCUGGGAACCCUGUCGAUUCCCAUGCCUAUCCCCACAUCCAGAACAGUAAACAGCCUAGGGUGCCCUCUGCCAAGGCGGUCACCAGUGGCCUGCCAGGGGACACAGCUCUCCUGUUGCCCCCCUCGCCUCGGCCUUCACCCCGAGUCCACCUUCCCUCCCAGCCUGCUGCAGACACCUACUCCGAAUUCCACAAGCACUACGCCAGGAUCUCCACAUCUCCCUCGGUCACUCUGUCGAAGUCAUACAUGACGGUCAGCAGCGAGUUCCCCGCGGCCAGGCUCUCCAACGGCAAGUAUCCGAAGGCUCCAGAAGGGGCUGAAAGUGCCCAGCCAGUUCCUGGGCACACCCGGAAAACAGUGGGUCAAGACAGAAAAGAUGGCGGCUCACCUCCUCUGUUGGAGAAGCAGACGGUUACCAAAGACGUCACCGAUAAGCCACUAGACUUGUCUUCUAAAGUGGUGGAUGUAGAUGCUUCUAAAGCUGACCACAUGAAAAAGAUGGCGCCCACAGUCCUGGUUCACAGCAGAGCUGGAAGUGGCUUAGUGCUCUCCGGAAGUGAGAUUCCAAAAGAAACAUUAUCUCCUCCAGGAAACGGCUGUGCUCUCUAUAGAUCUGAAAUCAUUAGCACAGCUCCCUCGUCCUGGGUGGUGCCCGGGCCAAGUCCUAACGAAGAGAACAAUGGCAAAGGCAUGCCGCUGAAAAACAAGGCCUUGGAUUGGGCGAUACCACAGCAGCGGAGUUCUUCAUGUCCGCGCAUGGGUGGCACAGAGGCCGUGGUCACUAACGUUUCGGGGUCGGUGUCGAGUGCAGGCCGCCCAGCCUCCGCGUCGCCAGCCCCAAAUGCCAAUGCAGAUGGCAGCAAGACCAGCAGGAGCUCUGUGGACACCACACCAUCGGUCAUUCAGCACGUGGGCCAGCCCCCGACCACGCCUGCCAAGCACAGCGGCAGCACCAGCAGCAAGGGCACCAAAGCCAGCAACCCAGAACCGAGCUUCAAAGCAAAUGAGAAUGGCCUGCCGCCAAGUUCAAUAUUUCUAUCUCCAAAUGAGGCGUUCAGGUCCCCACCAAUUCCCUACCCCAGGAGUUACCUCCCUUACCCAGCGCCUGAGGGCAUUGCUAUAAGUCCCCUCUCCUUACAUGGCAAGGGACCUGUCUACCCUCACCCAGUUUUGUUGCCCAAUGGCAGUCUCUUUCCUGGGCACCUUGCCCCUAAGCCUGGACUGCCCUACGGGCUGCCCACAGGCCGGCCGGAGUUCGUGACCUACCAAGAUGCACUGGGGUUGGGCAUGGUGCACCCCAUGUUGAUACCUCACACUCCCAUAGAGAUCACUAAAGAGGAGAAACCCGAGAGGAGGUCUCGGUCCCACGAGAGAGCCCGUUAUGAGGACCCAACCCUCCGGAACCGGUUUUCUGAGAUGUUGGAAGCCAGCAGCACCAAGUUACACCCAGAAGUUCCUGCGGACAAGAACCUAAAGCCGAACCCCAGCUGGAAUCAAGGGAAAACUGUCGUCAAGAGCGACAAGCUUGUCUAUGUAGACCUUCUCCGGGAAGAGCCAGAUGCUAAACCCGACGCCAACGUGUCCAAACCCGGCUUCACAGCUGAGAGUGUUGGCCAGAGCGCUGAGCCUGCCAAGCCCCCGACUGACCCGGCCCUGCAGCCACACCGCGACUUCAUCGCCCUGAGAGAGGAGUUGGGGCGCAUCAGUGACUUCCACGAAGCUUAUACUUUCAAACAGGCUCCGGGCCAGUCAGUCUUCAGCUUAAGCAAGGAGAAUGUUUCAGCGGGAACCAACAAGGAGAACCUGGGGGUGCCAGUCUCGACUCCAUUCCUGGAGCCAAGUCUGGGGAGCGAUGGCCCUGCAGUAACUUUUGGUAAAACCCCAGAGGAUCCCAAACCAUUUUGUGUGGGCACUGCCCCACCGAGUGUGGACGUCACCCCCACCUAUACCAAAGAUGGAGCUGAUGAGGCAGAAUCAAGUGAUGGCAAAGUUCUGAAACCGAAGCCAUCUAAGCUGGCAAAGAGAAUCGCCAACUCUGCUGGUUACGUGGGUGACCGAUUCAAGUGUGUCACUACCGAACUGUAUGCCGAUUCUAGUCAGCUCAGCCGAGAGCAGCGGGCAUUGCAGAUGGAAGGAUUACAAGAGGACAGUAUUUUAUGUCUACCUGCUGCUUACUGUGAGCGUGCAAUGAUGCGCUUCUCAGAGUUGGAGAUGAAAGAGAGAGAAGGUGGCCACCCGACGACCAAAGACUCCGAGGUGUGCAAAUUCAGCCCCACUGACUGGGAAAGGUUGAAAGGAAAUCAGGACAAAAAGCCAAAGUCGGUCGCCCUGGAGGAGGCCGUUGCUGACCAGAACGACGGUGAGAGAUGCGAGGAUAGUGCUGGAAACAAACAGGAUCCCUUCGAAGCCCCGGAGGACAAAGACCUUCCUGUGGAGAACUACUUUGUGGACAGGCAGCCCGUGAGCGAGCCGCCCGCUGACCAGGCGGCCACGGACAUGCCACACGACCCCACCCUCCAGCUGGAAAAAAAGCGUAAAAUCUCAGAUGACAGCAAGCACACUGACACUACUACGGAAGAGCUGCCAGAGGACCCUCUGCUGAAAAUCAAGCGAAAACGGGUCUCCAAAGAUGACUGGCCUGAGAGGGAAAUGACAAACAAUUCCUCUAACCACUUAGAAGACCCACAUUAUAGUGAGCUGACCAACCUGAAGGUGUGCAUUGAAUUAACAGGGCUUCAUCCCAAAAAACAACGCCACUUGCUGCACCUUAGAGAACGUUGGGAGCAGCAGGUGUCAGAGAGCAAACCUGGCCGGCAGGGCAGGAAGGAAGUGACCCAGGCAAUUCAGCCUAGGGCUGUUACCCAGGGCACUAACAUCUCCGAAGAGAAACCCGGCCGGAAAGGAACGGAGGCUAGAGGCAACAGAAGCUGGUUGGAAGAGCCCCUCAAAUCCAGUGACAAUGAACAAGGCUUGCCUGUGUUCUCCGGCUCUCCGCCCAUGAAGAGCCUUUUAUCCACCAAUGCAAGCGGCAAAAAGCAGACUCAGCCAAGCUGCACGCCAGCUUCAAGGCCGUCUGCCAAACGGCAAAAAAUUGAAGAAAGCCAGAAGACAGAUGUGCUGUGCACAGACGAAGAGGAGGAUUGCCAGGCUGCCUCUCUGCUGCAAAAAUACACCGGCACCAGCGAGAAACCAUCCGGGAAGAGACUGUGCAAAACCAAGCAUUUGAUCCCUCAGGAGCCCAGGCGGGGCUUGUCGCUGACAGGGGACUACUAUUUGGAGAAUGCUGAUGGCAAGGGGACCGUCCGGAGAUUCAGAAAGCGGACCGAGCCCAGUUCCCACUGCGAUCUGUCACCAGCCAAGCAGGACCAGAAGACCUUCGACCGCUUGCAACAAUUGCUGCCAGCUUCCCAGUCCUCGCAGCUGCCGCGCUCAAGCUCCCCUCCAGAGACCUCCCAGUCGCGCCCAAUGCCGCCCGAAGCUCGGAGACUUAUUGUUAAUAAGAACGCCGGUGAGACCCUCCUGCAGCGGGCCGCCAGGCUGGGCUACGAGGAGGUAGUCUUGUACUGCCUGGAGAACAAGAUCUGUGAUGUGAACCAUCGGGAUAAUGCGGGUUACUGUGCCCUGCAUGAGGCCUGUGCCCGAGGGUGGCUCAACAUCGUAGGACAUCUCCUGGAGUAUGGCGCUGAUGUCAACUGCAGUGCCCAGGAUGGAACCAGGCCUCUCCAUGAUGCCGUUGAGAACGAUCACUUAGAGAUUGUCCGCUUGCUCCUCUCCUAUGGUGCUGACCCCACUUUGGCUACGUACUCAGGUAGAACCAUCAUGAAAAUGACUCACAGCGAACUCAUGGAAAAGUUUUUAACAGACUACUUAAAUGACCUUCAGGGCCACAGUGACGAUGACGCCAAUGGCUCUUGGGAGUUCUAUGGCAGCUCUGUGUGUGAACCACCUAAUGAAAGCGGGUGUGAUGUCCUAGCAAACCCGCCGGGACCGGAGGACCAGGAUGAUGAUGAUGAGGCCUACAGCGAUGUGUUUGAAUUUGAAUUCUCAAAAAGCCCCCUCUUACCAUGUUACAACGUCCAAGUGUCUGUCACUCAGGGGCCCCGAAACUGGCUGUUGCUUUCGGAUGUGCUUAAGAAACUGAAAAUGUCCUCUCGCAUAUUCCGCUGCAAUUUCCCCAAUGUGGAAAUUGUCAACAUCACAGAGGCGGAGUUUUACCGCCAGGUUUCAGCGAGUCUCUUGUUCUCUUGCUCCAAAGACCUGGAAGCCUUCAAUCCUGAAAGCAAUGAGCUCGUACAUUUGGUGGAGUUCACUAAUGAGCUCCAGACUCUGCUGGGCUCAUCGGUGGAAUGGCUACACCCCAAUGACAUGGUCUCAGAUGACUACUGGUGAGCUCGCCGGGCCCGCUGUGUACAGUGUGUUAUAGUGUUAAUCCUUGUGCAUAUGUGUCAUAAUACGACUAUUUCUGUAAAGAAAGGACACUAUUACAUAUGAAAAUAUCUCUUCUUUAUAUAAGAGAAAUGACUCCAGUCGGAAGGACUUAGAAACAUGUUUUUUUCUUUUUAAACUUUUAAGUCAGUUUUUAUGAAGUUGUUAUAAUGUUUCUUUACUUUUCGAUGCACACAUGCUUUGGGAUAUGUUUGUUUUUACUUGGAACAUUUGUUUCUUUUCUUUUCUUUUCUUUUUUAAGGAAAAAAAAUGAGGAAAAGGAGCUCCAUGCUUUGACUUAAUUUCAUACAAAGCUCUGAUGACAGAGGCUGUAACUGUUGAGUGUGGUCAGAACCGUGUGGUUGGUUUUGGGGGGGUCGAAUUUGGUGAAGGCACUUGGUGAUGCUGUAACGUUAUGUUUUGUUUACAGAGUACCUGCUCAGGCCAGGUCAAUGCUAUUGGAUGUAAUCCAGUAGUGUGUAAUAUAAAUUCAAACCAUAUCCACACACAACAACUAAUUGUAUGAAACUUUUAUAUCCUAAUUUAAAAGCUGUGAAAUUAGUUUUCACGCAUCAAACCGGAUUGUUUAUAUGUUUAAACAUUUUAUGCUCUUAUUUAAAGAAGACUUUGAGCUAUUUUUUUCUGUACCCUGUAAAAUAUUGAAAACUAACAUAAUAUGUUGAGGUUGCUUGAAAAUGUACAUAAAACUAAAAUUUUCUGAAUUGUGUGUUUAUGUUUGAAAUCUGUGUUUUAACUUUGUAAGUAAAUUCUCUGCCUUUGUAUUUAUAUUUUACAAAAAUUUUCUUAAAAGGCAAUAAACCUGUUGAGGAAAGGAGAAAAUUGAAGUUCCUGUGUCCUAUGUAUUCCUAAAACGUUGUCAUGGAUUUUUUUUUAAAGUGAUGUCGAUGGUCAAUUCCCUAUGGAUGACUUUAGGGCAAUUUAUAGACUCUAUAAAUCAAAGCAGACUGCAGUAUUUCAGGGGAGUUAUACUCAGAAUACGAUUUGGAGUCCUAUCCUGAAAGCUCAACUUGUGGACAUAGAUUUUGAUGUCUUUCAGGUCCUUCUCUUCCCCACCUCCUUUGAUGCCCUAGUAGGCUUUCACAUUGCCUUUGGCCUUGACCGACUACAGAAGCUCCAUCAUGGUCAACCCUUUAUCUUCAGAAGUGCUUUUUUCAGAAACAGGGCUUUUAUUGUGUCAUUUUUCUCUUCAGACCUCAUGUUUUUCUGUUACCUUUUAGGAUCAAGUCCAAACCCACUUGUCUCCAUAGUCAAGGCCUGUAGCUUCGACCACUCUGCUACUCCACUGCCCUUACUUUUUUCAGCAGUAUCCCUGUGGGUACGGUCCAUUGGCACUCAGUUUUCAUCCCACAUCCUUUUAUGUCCUUCCUUCGUUGCAGAGGCUAGAAAGCUGAAAACUACUGGACUCCCUUGCAGCUAGGUUUCUGAAUGCCUGUUCAGUUUGGAAGGCAGAGUGAGGUAGAGGCAUCUUCCUGCUCUAGUGGCUGCUGAUAAGAAAGGUCAGGGAGACAUGCCUGCCAGUUGGAGUGACUAGACCAGCCUUCCAACAUCAGGUCUUCAGCUUGGUAGGUGAUGAGAAGCAGUAGUGGUUGUGGCAGCAGUUUUCUGAU